AUGUCGACGCCUACGACGGCCGUGGCCACGCUUCCCCCGUCUAAUUAUUACGCUCACCACAGUCCGCAUCACCAGUACGCGCACCCGCACUCGAACCACCGGUCCGGUGUCUCCGCAAACUAUCGCUACGUUGCCAACCAUAACUCGCCCUCGUCCGCGACGAUUACGACAGCAACGGCCCCGUCUGCCUCCAGCGGCUCCUCGACAAUCCCUCAGCCGCUCUCCGUCGUACCUAACCACGGUGGUGCUCCCGUUGCACCCCAUCUACAGUCCUCGUUGGGAGGCUAUCCUCUGACUGUGGAUGGCGUGAACCAGCAACCUUCCGCCCCCCGUCCACCACCCCACGCUUCCUAUCGAAAUAGCGACUACACGUAUUCCACUGCUGGCGUGGCUGUUGAUUCUUCGAGGAAUCAACCUGCCCAAUUCAACGGGUACGGCGCACCAGAAAUGGCCGACCCACCAACCAAGAAGCGUCGACGAUCUCAGGGCCCCGACUGGGACACCUUCUACCAAAAUGGCCUCCCCAAGGAAGUCAUUGUCAUUCCCGAUGAUACUCCAGAGCCAGAGCAGAACAAUAGCCGGAAGACCGGCAACGGCAAUUCGAGUCGGAUCAAUGGCCACAUUGAUGUGACGUCUUCUCAUUCAAGUGGGACCGCCAAUACAUCGGCCGUACGCCAGCCCGCCAAGAAGCGCCGCAAAGAGGAUGAGGUCGACAAGACGCAAAGCCAAAAGUAUCGCCUUCAGCAUCCUAGCUCGCAUGGCAACACGCCGGCGGGGGCUAGCAUAUCGAGUGAUGGCACGACUUCGGCCCUCAACACCACGGCUGCCACAUCGUUAUCUUCGAAUGGAUACCUGGACGACUUGUCUUUACCACAGAAGCGGAAGAGGACGCGGCAGCAGGUCGCCAACGAGGCUAAGCGCAGGGAUACGGAUGUUCUCGGCAGCCGCAUGCUCACCUACAAGCCUCCGGCACAACCUGUGAAGAAAGCACCUGAUGUACGAGUGCGUGCUGUUCCCGACACCCGCCUCAAGGGCACCAAGGUCGAUGACGAUGACGGCCAUUACAUUAUAGUCCCAGAGGCUCCUCUAACCGACCGAUACUACAUCAAACGGCUACUGGGACAAGGAACCUUUGGCAAAGUUGUUCUUGCGCAUGACAUCAGUCGCAAAAAGGACGUUGCUAUCAAAAUCAUCCGGUCUGUCCAGAAAUACCGCGAUGCUUCUAAGAUCGAGCUGAGGGUUCUUGCGACUCUCAAGGCAAAUGACGACGAGAACCGCAACCGAUGUAUACAUCUCCGAGAUUGCUUCGAUUUCUGUGGGCACAUCUGUAUCGUCAUGGACCUUCUCAGUCAGAGCGUCUUUGACUUUCUCAAAGGCAAUGGAUUUGUUCCAUUUCCCAACAGUCAGAUCCAGAGCUUUGCUCGACAGCUAUUCACUAGCGUUGCUUUCCUCCAUGAUUUGAACCUGAUUCACACGGAUCUGAAACCCGAGAACAUUUUACUUUGUGACGCUCAAUAUCAGACUUUCACAUACAACCGGCGGAUUCCGUCCUCAUCCACAAAUAUCAACCGCACUGCUGCACAACGGCGAGUGCUGCUGGACACAGAGAUUCGACUCAUCGACUUUGGAUCUGCUACCUUCCAAGACGAGUACCAUUCUUCGGUCGUGUCAACGCGGCAUUACCGUGCCCCGGAGAUUAUUCUCGGCCUGGGCUGGUCAUAUCCUUGCGAUAUCUGGAGUAUUGGAUGCAUCCUAGUCGAGUUCUACACAGGAGACGCCCUGUUCCAGACACACGACAACCUGGAGCAUCUUGCCAUGAUGGAGGCAGUUGUAGGGCGCAAAAUCGAUUCGCACUUGGUGCAGCAGGUCAACAAAGGUUCCAGCCGGCACGGUGCUAACAGCGCUGCAAGAUACUUCAAGCGCUUGAAGCUGGACUACCCGAACGCCGAAACAACCCGAGGCUCCCGUCGAUUUGUGAAGGCGAUGAGGAAUCUUGACGAUGUGAUACCUACCACGACGCCAUUUAUGAGGAACUUCAAAGAUCUUCUGCGAAAGAUUUUCGUUUAUGAUCCAAGUCAACGCAUCACGGCUCAUCAAGCCUUGCAGCACGAAUGGUUCAAGGAGAUGGCACACAGCGAUGAUGGAACAGAAGCAGCGCGACUUCGCGUGCAGCGACUCACUUCGCGAGCGCAGAGACUCAACGAAGGGAGGUAUGCAGAGCAACAGACCUGGUAG